GCGGCGGCGGGCGGCGAGGCGGCGGCCCCAGGAGGCGCCGCCUUGCGCGCGCGGGACGUAGCGGGUUCCCGGUCGGCUGCUCCGAGGUGAAAGAAAUACUCAUGACCAGACUUCUCCAGGAAUGCUGUUGAAAAGAACAGGUGACAAAAUUAUCAUAACAACUGGGAAACAAGGUGACUUUAGAGGAACUGUACUCUGAGGAUGUUGUUUGCUUUUGAUAAAAAGGCACCAUAGAACAAGCCUUUAUAUCUGCAUUUAUUCUAGUCUUGUAAAGACAAUGGAAGUGGCUUCUCACCAGUUGUUCUGAUGAAACUUGGAGCUUCUUUCCUCAGUGGACAUGAGUGACCCAAGGCAGUCACAUACAGAGAAGCACAAGCUCGGCAGAGCCUCUUCAAAGUUCAUGGACCCUUCCAGAAUCAUGCAGUCAGAUGAUUAUUUUGCUCGAAAAUUUAAAGCCAUUAAUGGCAACAUGGGACCUACUACUUCUUUAAAUGCCUCAAAUCCCAGUGAGGGUGGUGGUGGUGGUGGUGGCCCGGGCAAUGGUACUCCAGCUGUGCCUAAAAUGGGUGUGCGAGCCAGAGUGUCUGAAUGGCCUCCCAAAAAAGACUUCUCUAAGGAGUCAACCUGCAAGACACUUUGGGAAAGCCGGUCUCAGACCAGCUAUGACAGCGUCACAUCCAUCCUGCAGAAUGGGCAGAGUGACCAGGGGGAUAGUCAGCAAGAGGAGCAGCUAGAUCUAGACUUUGUAGAGGCCAAGUACACCAUUGGAGACAUCUUUGUUCAUUCCCCCCAAAGAGGACUCCACCCCAUACGACAGAGAAGCAACAGUGAUGUCACCAUCAGUGACAUUGAUGCUGAAGACGUCUUAGACCAGCGUGCUGUCAACCCCAACACUGGGGCUGCCCUGCACAGGGAGUACGGGAGCACAUCCUCCAUUGACAGGCAGGGCCUGUCUGGAGAAAACUUCUUUGCCAUGCUCCGGGGGUAUCGAGUGGAGAAUUACGACCCCAAGGCAGUAGGCCCUUUUGGGUUUCCAGAGUUUCUCCCCUGCGACCCUGCGAUCUCCCCCAGCCUUCGAGCUGCCGCCCAGAUUUCUAGGGGAGAGAUUGUUCGCAUCUCAGGAUUAGACUACAUGGACAGCACCCUUCUGAUGGGGAGGGACAGGGACAAGCCUUUUAAGCGCAGAUUAAAAUCAGAGUCAGUGGAAACGUCCCUCUUCCGAAAGCUGCGGACUGUUAAGAGCGAGCAUGAGACCUUUAAGUUCACAUCUGACCUGGAAGAGGGCCGCCUUGACAGGGGAGUUCGCCCUUGGAGUUGCCAGCGUUGCUUUGCACAUUACGAUGUCCAGAGCAUCCUGUUCAACAUCAAUGAAGCCAUGGCCACAAGGGCUAAUGUGGGCAAAAGGAAAAACAUCACCACUGGGGCCUCUGCUGCAUCACAGACCCAGGUGGCCGCAGGCCAGGCAGGUGGCUGCGAGUCUCCACUGGGCAGCAAAGAGGACCUCAAUUCCAAGGAAAACCUGGAUGCAGAUGAGGGCGAUGGCAAGAGCAACGACCUGGUCCUCAGCUGCCCCCACUUCAGGAAUGAGACUGGUGGUGAGGGUGACCGGCGGAUUGCGCUCUCCCGGGCCUGCUCAGGCUCCUUCAGCUCUGGGGAGAGCUGCUCCUUUGAGUCGUCCCUCAGCUCCCACUGCACCAAUGCAGGUGUCUCAGUCCUAGAGGUCCCCCGGGAGAGCCAGCCCAUCCACAGGGAGAAGGUCAAGCGCUACAUCAUCGAGCACGUGGACCUUGGGGCCUACUACUACCGGAAGUUCUUCUAUGGGAAAGAACACCAGAACUACUUUGGAAUAGACGAAAACCUUGGCCCUGUGGCAGUCAGCAUCCGCAGGGAGAAGGUGGAAGACACCAAGGAGAAAGAAGGGUCCCAGUUCAACUACAGGGUGGCUUUCAGGACAAGUGAGCUUACAACCCUGAGAGGAGCCAUCCUGGAGGAUGCUGUGCCCUCCACUGCCCGGCAUGGCACCACCCGCGGACUGCCCCUCAAAGAAGUUCUGGAAUAUGUCAUCCCAGAGCUCAGCAUCCAGUGCCUGCGGCAGGCUUCCAGCUCUCCCAAGGUCCCAGAGCAGCUACUCAAGCUUGAUGAGCAAGGGCUAAGCUUUCAGCACAAGAUUGGGAUCCUUUAUUGCAAAGCAGGCCAGAGCACGGAGGAAGAAAUGUACAACAAUGAGACAGCAGGACCAGCUUUUGAUGAAUUCCUUGAUCUUCUGGGCCAGAGAGUACGGCUGAAAGGAUUCAGUAAAUACCGCGCCCAGCUGGACAAUAAAACUGAUUCCACGGGAACCCAUUCCCUUUACACCACAUACAAAGACUACGAGCUCAUGUUCCACGUGUCAACCCUGCUUCCCUACAUGCCAAACAACAGGCAGCAGCUCCUGAGGAAGAGGCACAUCGGAAAUGAUAUAGUCACUGUGGUCUUCCAGGAGCCUGGGGCACUCCCGUUCACCCCAAGGAGCAUCCGCUCACACUUCCAACAUGUCUUCGUCAUCGUGCGGGUGCACAACCCCUGCACAGAGAAUGUCUGCUACAGUGUUGGAGUUUCCAGGUCAAAGGAUGUGCCACCGUUUGGUCCCCCAAUUCCCAAAGGUGUAACUUUCCCAAAGUCCGCAGUGUUUCGGGACUUCCUUUUAGCCAAAGUAAUCAAUGCAGAGAAUGCAGCCCAUAAAUCGGAAAAAUUUCGAGCAAUGGCCACUCGAACAAGGCAAGAGUACUUGAAAGACCUGGCAGAGAACUUCGUCACGACUGCCACUGUGGACACCUCUGCGAAAUUCAGCUUCAUCACACUGGGUGCAAAAAAGAAGGAAAGAGUAAAGCCCAGGAAGGAUGCUCAUCUGUUCAGCAUUGGGGCCAUCAUGUGGCACAUGGUGGCACGGGACUUUGGCCAGUCUGCUGACAUCGAGUGUCUUCUUGGGAUUUCCAAUGAGUUCAUAAUGUUGAUUGAAAAGGAUUCCAAAAAUGUUGUGUUUAACUGUUCCUGCAGGGAUGUUAUUGGGUGGACAUCUGGAUUAAUGAGUAUCAAAGUAUUUUAUGAAAGGGGAGAAUGUAUCCUUCUGUCCUCAGUGGAUAACUGUGCUGAAGACAUACGGGAAAUUGUGCAACGAUUGGUAAUAGUGACUAGAGGCUGCGAGACGGUGGAGAUGACCCUGAGGAGAAAUGGGCUGGGCCAGCUCGGCUUCCAUGUGAACUUUGAAGGCAUUGUCGCAGAUGUGGAACCUUUUGGCUUCGCGUGGAAGGCUGGCCUCCGCCAAGGCAGUCGCCUGGUGGAAAUCUGCAAAGUGGCAGUGGCCACACUGACCCACGAGCAGAUGAUUGACCUACUCCGGACUUCCGUGACUGUAAAGGUGGUCAUCAUCCAGCCCCAUGACGAUGGCUCUCCCCGGAGAGGGUGCUCAGAGCUCUGCCGUGUCCCCCUGGUGGAAUACAAGCUAGACAGCGAGGGCGCACCCUGUGAGUACAAGACCCCCUUCAGGAGGAACAACGCAUGGCACCGCGUGCCCACCCCUGCCCUGCAGCCCCUCUCUCGAGCCUCACCUGUGCCUGGCACACCCGACCGCCUGCAGUGCCAGCAGCUGCUCCAGCAGGCCCAGGCUGCCAUUCCCCGCAGCACCUCAUUUGACCGGAAGCUGCCUGAUGGCACCAGAAGUUCUCCCAGCAACCAGUCCUCCUCCAGUGACCCAGGACCCGGCGGGAGUGGACCCUGGAGACCACAAGUGGGCUAUGACGGGUGCCAGUCUCCUGUACUGCUAGAGCACCAGAGCCCAGGCCCUCUGGAGUGUGACGGGGCCAGGGAGCAUGAGGAUGCCAUGGAAGGAACCAGGCUUACAGAAUCCAAAUGGCAUGGCCCACCUUCCAAAAUCCUCAACACCUACAAAGAAAGAGCCCUGCAGAAAGACGGAAGUUGCAAAGAUUCUCCCAAUAAGCUUUCUCAUAUCGGAGACAAGAGUUGCUCCAGUCACUCCAGCAGCAACACGCUAUCCAGUAACACCUCCAGCAACAGUGAUGACAAGCACUUUGGGUCAGGGGACCUGAUGGACCCAGAACUGCUGGGGCUGACCUACAUCAAAGGGGCAUCCACAGACAGUGGCAUUGACACGGCCCCCUGCAUGCCAGCCACCAUCCUGGGCCCCGUGCACCUGGCGGGCAGCAGGUCCCUUAUCCACAGUCGGGCCGAACAGUGGGCUGAUGAGGCUGAAGCCUCGGGGCCUGAUGAAGAACCAGCCAAGAUGUACGCUGUGCACGGUUAUGCUUCUGGCAUCUCCACCAGUGGGGCUGCUGAUGGCAGCAUGGGUGACCUCAGCGAGAUCUCUUCUCAUUCCAGUGGCUCUCACCACUCAGGAAGCCCUUCAGCACACUGUUCCAAAAACAGUGGAUCUCUGGAUACAUCCAAAGUCUACAUCGUGUCACACAGCAGCAGUCAGCAGGUUCCCGGGUCCAAGUCCUACCACAGACAAGGGGCAGCAAACAAAUAUGUCAUCGGCUGGAAGAAGUCAGAAGACAGUCCUCCUCCUGAGGAGCCUGAAGUGACUGAGUGUCCCCGGAUGUACAGUGAGAUGGACGUCCUGGCCACAGCCACUCAGUGUCAGACUGCCGUGGGAGAUGCCGGUUCAGAAACUCAGCAUGUCUUGUCCAAAGAAGAUUUUCUGAAAUUGAUGCUUCCUGACAGCCCCUUAGUGGAGGAAGGGAGAAGAAAGUUUUCUUUCUACGGAAACCUGUCUCCGAGGAGGUCGCUCUACCGCACCCUCUCUGACGAGAGUGUGUGCAGCACCCGAAGGGGAUCCUCCUUCGGCAGUUCCCGUAGCUCCAUCCUUGACCAAGCGCUGCCCAACGACAUCCUGUUCAGCACCACCCCACCCUACCACAGCACACUGCCUCCGAGGACCCACCCUGCCCCCAGCAUGGGCAGCCUGAGAAAUGAGUUCUGGUUCUCCGACGGGUCCUUAUCAGACAAGUCCAAGUGUGCAGACCCCGGGCUGAUGCCUCUCCCAGACACGGCCAUGGGCCUGGACUGGUCCCACCUGGUGGAUGCUGCCCGGGCGUUUGAAGGGCAGCUCCGUCAGCCCUGAGAUCACAGAGAGGAACGAACCAGCACUCUACAGUGCACUGCAUUGUUAAGCUGUGAUGCUGAGUAGGUGAGGUGUGUUCAGUGUGUUUUUGGUUUUUGGUUUUUGGGUUUUUUUUUACUUAGAUGUUCAGAUUACUCGGGGCUUCUCUGGCUGUUAGCUUGUAGUACUGUGUGUACAGGCAUCUCCCUCCCCCUCAUGUAUGCUAACAGGAGCAAAGCCAUCUAAAAGACCCCUGUUUGUGGGUCAAACGGUGAAGCAGGGAAGGGAAAUGGAAUCUCUUUAAGAAGUAGUAGGAGUUAAAGUAGCUUUCAUCACAAUACGUACCAGAAAGAGGCAGCUGGUAUGUUCUUGAGCAUUUGUUGUGUAUGGUGUUUAAGAACAAACAGGCUUAAAGGUAAAAUGACACUGGCAGUUGGAGAGUGCAUUCUGUGUCACAGCUAGAUAAGGCCUAUCCUCCACUACGUCAGCACACUUUUCCCUAGGUGGUAACCAUCACAUCUCCCCAAAGCAGUUAGGGUGCAGGGUAUGGGGUGACUGGUGUGUGAAUGUCUGUGAGUAAGAUACAUGCAGUUAAUACAUGUCAGGCACUGCUGUAAGAAUCAGAUGGCCACAGGAACAUAUUUUCCAAAAAAUAGCCUGUAUUUUUAUGUUCCAUAUGCCCUUGAUUUCCAGAAUAAUGAGCGUAAAUUUUUGUGAUAACUUUUUUAGUUCUAAAGUUUCACCUUGAAGUUGAUAAAGUUUUUAAAAUUAAUUGAUAUUUGAUGUGCUUAUGUAUAUACAAGCAUAAACAAAAUGUGACUUACUGGGUAGCUUCUAAUGGUAACAUAGUUUGUGAAAAUAAAGACUGCCACAAAGAAGAAAAAUGCAGUCAAAUUUAAUAUAGUAAAUCAACUUAAAUUAUCUCAAAAAUAAUUUAAAAUUGUUUCAGGCUAAUCCACUGAUAUAUCUCAAGCAAAGAGUUCAGAGCCUUAUUCAUUCAUCUAUGCCAUCAUCUUUCUGCAUUUGCCAGUAGGCUGCCAACAGCCUAAAUCAGUGGUGGCAAACUUGUGGCACGUGUGCCACAGCAGGCUGUUUGUUACCAUUGAAAGCUCUAAAAUUCACUGUCCCUGGCCUAAAAAACCACGGUACUUUGCUGAAGCUCAGUGUGACUUCUUUUAUUCUUUCCUUGUGGUAAGUCAGCUCCCUGCAACUCAGUAAGCACAGGUGUCAGAACAAGAACCUGUAAUUUCUUACAUGUAGCCAUAAAAUCCUAGCUUGUUUUUAGUUUGUGGUUUUAGCAAAGCUAUGUUAGAACAGCUUUGUGGAAGUUAACUCUUACCUAGCUUCCUGCUACCUGAAUGCCCCACUCAGUGAUUCCCUGGCACAUGCCCUGUUGUCCUGUCCCUCACCCUGGGCAGCCUUGACUGCUGAUCAGACCACCCACCCCACCCUUUCGGGCUUGGCCCGUGGUGCUCAGUGCUGCAGGCAGCCAGUGCAUUUGUGGGAGUGGUUUACAGUCUGCUGUCUUGCCAUCCCAGCCCUAAUUGGUAGAGACUAGCUCAGUGACUCUUUCUCCUCUUAUUUAGUGUUAAAUGCAUUCAAAAUUAGGAAAAUGACAUUGAAAUAAGGUUUAAGAUUAUUUAAAGGGGUGGCUUGUUUCUUUUGUAAGACAUGCCUGGUGUCCCUCUUUGGUCAGACCUUCUUAAAGGAACUGGAAAUUGGAGGGACAGGAGCAAACAGGCAGCACACGUCAGGUGCCUGUGCUGGCUCUGUGGCAGGCACCCUACAGAAUUCAUACUCUCUAGCUUAAGGUCUUGUUUGUAUUGUGUGGUUCCAGGUCAGUAGACACUUGAUUACUGAAUACUUUUCAUCACUGAAAUAAGUUAUAGAACCAAAAGCUUCCACUGGAAACUGUCGUGAAGAUUAGCUUUGUUAUAAAGCAGUUUCAUGUCUGCUCAGUGAGGUAGCUUCUGUUAGCACUGCGGCCUCCUUAAGCUGUCAGCUCCCACGUGCACCGUCGGUUGGUGGGGCACAGGUCUGCUCUGGCUUCUGGCCACCUGACCAGGAGGACCUGGUUUCUCCCCGAGGAAUAUCUGACCAGCUGGCUGCCAGUGGCAAGGUAUGCAUGAUAGGGAGCAAACUAAGACAUUUCCAUCCAGGUGUGGAGACUGGACCAUCAGUGCCAGCCAAGAUAGUAAGAAAGAAACAUAAUGAAAUGAUCAUGAGGAUGAGUCAAUAGAACUCAUUGAAAAAGUGAGAAAAAUUAAUUCUUUUUCCACUUUUUGACAUUCCUUUAUUGUCAGUAGGUAAAUUCACUCCGGAACAAAAACAUGGCUCUCUUUUUUUCUUAAGUCUGACAUUAUGCCCUACUUGGGGCCCUGGAAGAGUGGGGUUGUUAAGAUGCUGCAGCACCUCGGACCUCCUCACCCAGCCUGUGCUGUAGACCAGAACUGUGCUGCUCAUAAUUAAGUUACAGAUUGUUUCAUCACAUGCAAAGCCCUUCCAUUCAGCACCAAAUUGUAAUACAGUUGUCUCUUGGGACUAUGUAUAGAAUAUUUAUCAUCUUGUAGAAGAUUCCACUUGUGAACCUUACAGAAAAGUUAGUUGAAGGCUGCAUGUGCCCUCCUAUGGCAGGUGUUAGAAAGAGGACCGGAGGGCUGGAGAGCCCUCCUGUGCUGGGUUGCUGAGUGGGCUUAGCAUGACUCCCACAGGGCCCACCUCUGUCAGGGCAACUGUGCUGAAGCCCGAAGGCCUGCUUUCCUUCAUGUGCACCUGACAGCCUCAACAUCACCAUCCUUUCUAAUUAGCUGCAAGAGCGUGACCCUCCAUAAACCAAACAUGCAGGUAGCCUCAUUAGGAGACUCAUCCAGCAGCCAGAGGGAGACAGAGCAGGACAAAUUAACAGCAGAGCACCUGACACGGACCUGAGUGCAGCUUCUCCCCCUUAAUCAAACCGUGUGAGAGGAGCCGCUGCAGCGCUGGCACAAGCCGCUUCCCUGGGCUCCAACUGUACAUGCAGGUGCGAUCUCAAAGACUGGGGCUGGGACUGGAUGGUCCUGUGGUAGAUUCACAUACAGGUGUGAGCUCGGAGACCAGGGGUGGGCUCCAGGGCAGGGGAUGGUCCUGGGGUGGAUUCCUGAACCUACUUUCCCAAGGCGUAGAGCCAAGACUUCUCCUGUGAGCUCUUCAACAUUGCUGGCCCAUCCCCCAGCCAGAGUUCAGGUUGAGAAUGGGGCCAGUGAGCCUGUUCUGAAGACUGUUCUCCUUUCCUGACUGGCUUGCACUCUCCGGACGUGGAAUGCCCAGUUCCUGGAGCCAGGCUUGGCAUGGCCUGUGCUGUGAGAAGGUAUUGUGUUGAGGUGGUCAUAGUGCCCCAGCUACAGUCACCGGGCCCUCAGACCUUGCUCUGCGGCUGUGGGGAGAUUGCUCAGCUCAGUCCUCUCACUUCCACCGUACUUAAACGUGUAGUGAGUCAUGUACGUCAGCCCAGAAUUGCAGUGUAUGCUUGGGGGCGGGCUGGGGGGAGUGACAUAGCAGGGUUUUUUUGGUUGUGCACAGCACCCCUGCUUCCAGCCAGGACAGGUAAAACAGGAAACGUGAUCUCACCACGCCAUUUGGCGUCACAUCACACUGGCUCUUGAGGCUUAUCCUGUCUUUCUCUUGCACACAUAUGAGCACACGUACAUAUACAUGUGUGCUCUGCUUCAUGUGAUUGCUUAUGUGAGCCUAUGAGGGCCCCUGAGCUUUUCAAGCACAGAGAAAUGUUUAUGUUCAUAGGAAAAUUUAAAUCUUA